GUGACCUGAGGGUGUCAUUUUCUUCUCUUCCCUGGAGAUUCUGAGGUUUCUGCUGUACCAACGACAGUGGGCGCGAACAGUUUCUCACAUUUGCGUGACUGAUUAGCAACCCCCAAGUUUCCCCGGCUUCUGCUGGGGAAAUGGAUCUCUGCAUCUUUAAGGCUCCGCGGGGCUGUCUGCUCCCGCGACGCAGACAGGGCAGGCAGGCUCUGCCGCAGCAGCGACUCAUCCCUUCGCUAAGGUCCUGUUAGCCAAGGUGGAGGAUGGGAAAAGAAUGGAGCUGUCCCAGCUCCUCAAUGAGAUCAGGGCAAACUAUGAACAGCUUCUCACCAGAAAUCAGAUAGAGACGGUGCUGUCAACACGGAUGCAGCUAGAGGAAGAUCUAACCAGAAAAAUGGACAAGGAUGGGGAGACUCUGAAGGCAGCUCAGGCCGAACUCAAGGAGGCUCGCCGCCAGUGCCACCACCUGCAAGUGGAAAUUGAGUCUCUCCAUGCUGUGGAAAGGGGUCUUGAAAACUCCCUGCAGGCCAGUGAGCAGCAUUACCAGAUGCAGCUGCAAGAUCUGGAGUCGGUGAUUGACGGACUAGAGAAGGAGCUGCGGGAAGUGAGAGGUGGCAUCGAGAAGCAGCUUCAGGAACAUGAGAUGCUUCUCAACACGAAGAUGAGGCUGGAGCAGGAAAUUGCCACGUACCGCCGCCUGCUGGAACAGGAGGAGAUCAGAUACUAUGGUUGUAUCCAAGGCGAGAAAAAAGAAGAAAAACCUACUACCAGGAGUAAAGUUGGCUUUCUUCUUCCCUCCGCCAUUAUAAAUGAAAUAUCUUUUUCAACGAAAGUCUCACAAAAGUACGAGAAUGAAAAUGUGGAGACAAUAACCAAACAGCCAGAAUUAAAUGGAAAUGUGAAGGAAAGUGCAGAGGCUCACGGCACCAUUCAGACGGAGAAAGUGGAUGAAGUUAUAAAAGAAUGGGAAGGCUCAUUCUUUAAAGAUAACCCCCGACUGAGGAAAAAGUCUGUUUCUCUUCGAUUUGACCUCCAUUUGGCAGCCACUGAUGAAGGCUGUUUACAGAGCAGACGGGAGAAUCUGCCAGACAUAGAAGUAAGGCUUAUCAUGCGAAGAUCAUGUAGCAUUCCCUCCAUCAAGCCCCCACCAGCAACCAACUAACCCAGAGGUAGUAUUUGAUUCAUCAGAGACACUAGGAUGGACCAAGGCUGGCCAUGCUGACGCCCAGUCCCAAAUGUAAGUUACUCCAUACGUAUGGGUAAUGUGAAGAUGCUGUGGGCUGUGGCUCUCUUCAGAGAACAUGUGUAGUAAGAGUAAAGUUGCUAGGCCUCCAAAGAUGAGCAUAUUCUUUUGGAGAGGGGUGUGCUUAAAAAUAAAUCAGAAAUGUGGUGUGGUUUCUGCUUUGUUUAUCAUCCAAAUAGUCUUUAUCCUGGCAAGAUUCAUCAGAGACUUGAAGUAUAAGGUGGCUUGGUUAAGUCUGUAAUUUCCCUCAAUGGCUGACCAUCCUAAGGAAAAAGGAAUCGCUUGUCUGAAUGCUGAAGAGUUACACCGAGUUACUCCCAGGGUUUCAGGACCAGUUGAGCCUCAAAUGUCUGUUCUACUUCUAAAAAGGCAACAGUUAGGAGCCAAUGUUUAUGGGUGUGGGGGGGUCUCGAUCUCUUAGGAUUUUUCCGUUUGAGACAAUCAUUUGAACCCUGGGAAUUAAGAAAAUUAAGAAGUGGUCUGUCUGUGAGCAAUUCUGAAGUAUUGAGCACACCUCCAGGCUAUUUUGAUGAUUAAUAAAAUUGGGGUGCCCAAAUCUUACAGUUCUUUUAGAAUAAGAAUCUGAUUUGCAGGAGAGUCACUUUGUUGAAAGAACUGUGAAAGUUGUAUCCUUACACACACACACACACACACACACACAGAGCUGUACAAACAAAACUUUAAAAGCAAAUGGAAACUGUGACUACUCUAGUUACUAGGACAGUUCCCCAGUUGCGCAUCAUCUGAACUCUUCCACCUGUAAAAUGAAGUGUGAGUGGCGUUUGCUCUGGGCCUUAGACAAGGUACGCCAUGAACCAGGAGAAAGAGUUCCUGCAGAGUUUAUGUGAACUAACAGCGUAGUAUUGCUAGCUGAGCUAAGAGUUGUCUGCAGGACUUGCUUUAAAACUGUUCAAACUCUAAUAAAUACAGACGUAAAAUAUAUUUGUGAAUAACUGACAAGGUGAUGUGACCUUUUUAAAAACAACGUAAUUUGUUUAAUGCAGGUAUACUUGAGACCUUAAAUAAUAAAUACCUGUUUUAAGAUACUAGGUGGUUAUAGGCUUUUUUUUUUCUUUUCUAAAUAACAAAAAGGAGUACAAACCACUGUUCUUGGUUUCCAGCUGAAAUAUCAUAAGGGCUAUAGCUAUGCUAGCAUUAGUCAGCUUUCAAAAUCAACCCCUCCCUCCCCUUGCUCUCUCCACAGGUGUAUGUAUAUGCAUAUAUAUGUAUAUGUAUAUAUAUAUGUAUGUAUAUAUGUUGACCAGUAAAUAUGCUUUAGCCACAAGGAAAUUAUGUUAAGUAACUUUUAAAAUAAUACAGGGAUUUAACAUUUGCCUUUUUCUUUCUAUUACCUCGGGUUCCUUUUAGCCUGACUCACUCUAUUUAGUAAAAAGGACUGAUGGUCUGUCAAGGAUACAGCAGCAUACUAAGUGCUUAUUCUUACAUAAGCAUCUGACCCAAACUUGCGUCCUAUACAUAAAAAUGUUUCUUGGGGGGGUAGGGGGCUGAAGGCACAGCACGGUGCCAGAGCUUCACCUAGCACACAGGAGGCACUGGGUUUGGAGCUCAGGAAAAAAGGGGGAAAGUUUCAUUCAUCAUUAAAUGCUACAACUUUAUUAAAGCUUUGAAGUGUAAUCAUAUAAGCUGUUGUACUGGUGACUGUUCUGUACAACAAUGAUCAUGGUAAAGUGAUACAUCCAGUGUACUCUACUACAGUACUGUUAGUACUGGGGCAUUGUGAAUUAACAGCUUGCUAGAGAAAUUCCACUAUGCAGCUAUUGUGUGUGUAACAGGCAGUACUUGAAUUUGUAAGUGAUUUUUGUUCGCUUCAAAGCAUUUUAAAAUCGGAAUAUGAAUUUACCAAAGUAAAUGAUACCGCUAUAAUAAAAAAAAAAUUGAAACAUGA